CAUUCAUAUAUUAUUUUCUGAAAUUCAAUCAUCAAUCAACACUUACAUGGCUUAUAGAAUUGUUGUUACAAUAUUGGUGCUGCUAGCCACAAUAUGUGAUGCACAGUUGUCUUCUACAUUUUACGACACUACAUGCCCCGAUGCACUAACCACCAUUAGAACUGCCAUUCGUACAGCUGUCUCUAAAGAGCGUCGCAUGGCUGCAUCUCUCAUUCGCCUUCAUUUUCAUGACUGCUUUGUGCAGGGCUGUGAUGCAUCCAUUUUGCUAGAUGACAGUACCACAAUCGAGAGCGAAAAGACUGCACUUCCAAAUCUUAACUCAGCAAGAGGAUUUCAAGUCAUUGAUAAUGCAAAAUCACAGGUAGAGAAAGUAUGUCCCGGAGUUGUGUCUUGUGCAGACAUAGUAGCUGUAGCCGCACGUGAUGCAUCAUUCGCUGUAGGUGGUCCAUCAUGGACAGUGAAACUUGGAAGAAGAGAUUCUACUACGGCAAGCAAAAGUUUGGCCAAUACGGACCUUCCAUUCUUUACCGACGAUCUUCAAACUCUUAUAUCUAAAUUUACUAUUAAAGGUCUCACUGCCAAAGACAUGGUUGCUCUAUCUGGUGCCCACACAAUCGGACAAGCUCAAUGCUUUACAUUUCGUGAUAGGAUAUACAACAAUGCAAGUGACAUAGAUGCUGGAUUCGCUACCACUCGCCAACGUGGUUGUCCAUCUUCCAGUUCCACUUCAAACAAUCAGAAGUUGGCAGCACUCGACUUGGUCACACCAAAUUCUUUUGACAACAACUACUUUAAGAAUUUAAUUCAAAAGAAGGGUCUUCUACAAUCAGACCAAGUUCUUUUCAGCGGUGGAUCUACGGAUUCUAUCGUUUCUCAAUACAGCCAAAAUCCUACCGCUUUUAAAUCUGAUUUUGCAGCUUCUAUGAUAAACAUGGGAGAUAUUCAACCAUUAACAGGAUCCGCCGGAAUCAUUAGACGUAUCUGCAUUGCUGCCAACUAA